UCCCUUCCCUCCUCUUUUUCCCUCUCCCACUCAGCAGUCGAGCCUCACCUCCAAAGAGCAUCUUCUCGAUCCCCGUCUUUUGCAUCACCUCUGCAUACCCCCUUCUCAUCAGACACAAUGGCCUCCACCCGUGUUCUCGCCUCGAGACUGGCCUCUCAGAUGGCCACCAAGGUCGCCCGCCCUGCCGUCCGCGUCCCUGCCCGCGCUUUCACUGCCGGUACCAAGGCCACCCCCCUCCAGGCCGUCAAGCGCCAGCAGAUGUCCUCCAUCAUCACUGCCACCCGCCAGAUCACCCAGAAGCGUGCCUACUCUUCUGAGAUCGCCCAGGCCAUGGUCGAGGUCUCCAAGAACUUGGGUAUGGGUACUGCCGCCAUUGGUCUCACCGGUGCCGGUAUCGGUAUCGGUCUCGUCUUCGCUGCCCUCCUCAACGGUGUUGCCCGCAACCCCGCCCUCCGUGGCCAGCUCUUCUCCUAUGCCAUUCUCGGUUUCGCUUUCGUCGAGGCCAUUGGUCUUUUCGACCUGAUGGUUGCCCUCAUGGCCAAGUUCACCUAAGCGGUUCACCACCACCGAGAGGGAUAGGCGACGAUGCCUCACUGGGAGCGAUCGUCUGUACAUAUCGACAAGACGGGAGCGAGAGUGGGGGGAAGCGGCGUGUACGAGAGAGGGUAAUAGUGUUUUGCGACAUCUCCAAAUCGCAUUCGCUAUUAGACAUGGGCGGGGUGUGCAUGGAAUAAUGGCAUAGAAUCGCACCAUAGACGGGGCCCAUAUUAGACCUAGAUCGGGGAAGACUUUCGAGGACGAUCUGACCGUCGAUGUCGGCUUUUGCCGGCACCUGUAAAAUACUCAACCGCGAUUCUCCCAGUUCUCUGGGGACACCACAAAAAUAUUUCAUUUU